CUUUCUCGUCUCCUUAUUUUGAUCCUCACCGAUCUAUAAACCCUACUUUCCCCGUUUUCUUUGCUCUGGCAUCAGCGAUGGCUGAAGAGGCCGCAGGAGGAGGCGGCAGUGUUAGCGUCAGUGAGAAGAAGGAUGCGCCUUCGCUUCGGGGCUACGACUUGGAUCCGAAGUUGGACGCCUGCCUCGACCUCUCCAUCCGCCGCCUCGUCUACUCCUCCGUCGCUGGUGCCUCGGCCGCCCUUCUCUUCUUCCGGAGUCGAACUACACGAUGGGCAUCUGUAGCUUUUGGUGCUGGUGUUGGAAUUGGAGCUGCAUAUACUGAAUGUUCUUACAUUCUCAAUGGUUCUUCACCAAAGCGGCCACAGAGGAUUUCGCCUUUCCCUUCUCUUUCUCAAGAGGAGAAGUAAAGAACAUUAUGGUUGAGGAAUUCUUCGAUGUUACCUGGAAAGACCUUUUGUCUUGCGUUAAGGCUUUCUUGUGGCUUUGGUUGUUGCUUUUGGUUUGAUCUUUGAUACCAAAUAAAACAAGCCCCUUUAAACUGUUUACUUUCAAUAUAUAAUGUGUUUUAGAGAA